AUGACGUCCUCUGUCCAAGCUGCGCUGGGUGAUUUCCACGAAGAAAUGGACCGAAAGCACUUGGAAACGCACAAAUACUUGCCAAACCAAGAGGAUCUCAGGAACAGCAUCAUGUGCUAUCAUAAGAAGCACAUGGGCAAAACUCCGGCCGAAUCCGAUGUGCAGCUCCUGGACAUAGCGAGGAAGCUGGAGAUGUAUGGCAUUCGUCCCCACCCUGCCAGUGAUGGAGAAGGCACCCAGAUCAACUUGGCCGUUACCCACAUGGGAGUCCUGGUGCUGCGGGUAAGGCUCCUUUCCAAGCAAGAUACCCAAGAACUGCCCAUCCGAAAGGAUGGAUUCUUGGUCCUUCUCCAUCCCCAACAGGCUCUCUGCAAAGAUACCCUGGAGUUUGCCAUGGCGAGUCGUGACACCUGCAAGGCUUUUUGGAAGACGUGCGUCGAAUACCACGCCUUCUUCCGCCUCUCCGCGGAGCCAAAGUCAAAACCCAAACCCUUCCUCUGCAGCAAAGGCUCCAGCUUCCGUUACAGGUGA